AUCAAGUGUCAACACACACAAAGAUACAACGAACAUGCGCGAAACGACGCAACGCGAGCGGAAUAAUGAUGCGGGAAAAUACGGAUUCAGAAGCCUUUUUCCAAAAGUACACGUUAUCAGAAGAAACCAUGGCAAGACUCGAAUCUAUCAGGGAAGCAUUAAAGGAUAACAUCGCCCAGGCUAAUCCGAUGUGGAAACUUAUAGCAGAACAGAACGAAGAAGAAAUAUGUUCAGAAAGUGAAGAUAGCGAUGAUAAUGAUGAGCCAAUGGACAAUAAUGAAUCUCAAACAAACUGUGAUCAAUCAAUGUUACCACCGUCUACUCAAUUUUACUUUACACAAACUGAGAGAACUAUAGAACCACAGACAUCUAUUACCGGAGUAUCACAAAAGUGUGAUAUUUUAGAAUGUGCCUGUGAGAAUUUAGAACGAAAUAAUGGCAAGCUGGACUUCAUCCAGUUAGAGAACUUAUCCGAUGAAGAUCUUGUUCCAUUAGUGGACAAAAUGGCAAGAAAAUUAAGUCCGAAGGGUAUCUAUAAUUUGUGUCUGUCAAUGAACGAUAUGACUAUUGAGCAGAGACUGAAAUAUCUCAAUAUAUUUUGUACUCAUCUGUUGCUACCAAAGAUAGUUGAACUCGAGGAGCCAUCUCGUUUAUUAUCAUCUGCUAUCGUCGAAUGUAUUAAAAUAUUUCCUGAUGAGGUUCAGCAACUUAUAUUUGUUCCUAUUCUCAACGUUGAGUUGAAAGAUAUAACAUUGGUCACCACCAUUGUGAACACAUUUGAUCAGCAAAGGAAAAUAAUUCUUUUAGAAGAGUUUCUUGCAUGUGUCAAGGAAUUGAAAUUAUGGCAUAUAUCUGUAUUACAAAAUAUUUUAUCUGUAAGACUGGACCACAACAUGAUUGAUAAAAUUAUUAAAUUAUUCUUGGAAAAAGCACUUUGUUAUUCCAAAGAUAAGAACUUUGGAAAGCUUAUAUUGUUGUUUUUAAAAAUAAAUACAGCACUAACUGAAGAGCAGAAAAAUGUAAUAGCUGAAAUCGCCGUCGUUAAUGAAACAUUAUUCAAAAAACUUAUAGAAAAUAUUUUAAAAAACAUGUAA